AUGAAAGUGAAAGCAGAGUCCUGCGUCUUCUUUGUGAAUGGAAUGACAGCUGAAGAGGAAUAUAGGGUUGCCACCAAGCAGGCCCCUAAGCCUCGGAAAAGACCUGUAGGAAGGCUGAAUGGAAGCAAAAUCAUGCUCUCAGGACAGAAGGCGUUUGUGAAAAGGCCUAUGAGGGUGGUGGACCUUAAAUAUAUAGAGUCUGACGAAAAGAUGUUCAACUUGCUUGCAUGCUUAAUAAGACUUCCUCCUUUCUACAACUUCAUUCUAAACUUUAGAGAAAGAAGCCAGGACAUGGAAAAAUUCUACAUAAUUAAUAGGAUUUCUAAACUCCUCAGCCUGGUGAUGGAAGGCAAGGAAGAUGAUGUAAGUGAUCUCUUGAUGGAACCUGAUUCGAAACUCUAUGAAGAUAUAUAUUCAGAACUUCUUUGGUCCAUCCAUCAGGAGCUUUGCGAGUGGUAUAACUUUGAGGAGGACACGUGGAGCACUAUGGAUAGAAGCCAAGGAGUUAAGCCAAAGCCGCUUUAUAAAGACUACUCCCCAAUUGUGGAAAUAUUUCAAGGGAAAGCCAUCUCCAAGGACCUGCCACAAGAGGUCUCAUUUGAAAAGAACAAGAUAUCUCUGAAAGGAUUCUCUAGCAUUCAAGAGGCCUUUAACUCUAGUCUGGAAGUUGAGAAUAAGAAGAUAACUAAGGAGCCUUUGAUUAUUGUGCUUGUUGUAAAAGAGCAAGGGAAAGUUGAUCUAUUCAAUAAUGAGAGUAUAAGAAUUGGGAGUUACAUGUUUUAUCUUUGUUCUUUUAUCACUGAAGAAGGUCUCACGAGUUAUUCCUAUGCUAAGAAUGGAGACAAGGAUUGGUAUGGAUAUGAAAGUAAUGGAGUAAGAAAUGUCUUGGGAAUGAAAGACAUUCGUGGAUGUCCAGUAAUGCUAUUCUAUACACGUAUUAACUAA